AUGGCGUCCGCAGGAGAAUGGCGGCCCAAACAGGGCAGCGAGGGCGGGAGCUGGGCGUACAGCGUGAGCUGCGGCGGCACGCGCGAAGACGCAGUGGAGAUCGAGUUUCCCUUCAAACCCUAUCCUUGUCAGGAAACCUUCAUGGAGAAAGUCAUCCAGGCGUGCGUCAGCAAGGAGCACGCGCUUCUCGAAUCUCCCACAGGGACUGGCAAGACGCUCUGCCUGCUUUGCGCGUCGCUCGCGUUUGUGCGAACGGCCUCUGAGGGCAUUCUCUCGGCGUCUGCGGACUCCGUGUCUCACAACAAGCUGACCUACGAGGCGCUGCAGCAUCGGCAGACGCUCGCGAAGAAGCCGCCUCUCUCUCUUCUCCCGACUCCACGACCUCCAUCUCUGGCGCCUGCCGCCGCCCCGCCGCCGGUCCGGUCCGUCCCCCGAGUCGUCUACGCGUCGCGGACACACAGCCAGCUCCAGCAAGUCGCGCGAGAGGCGCGUCGAACUGCUUUUUUCACUUCGCCGCCGUCCGAGGCCUCCGCAGAGGCGCCGGGGGUCUUUCUGGGCGCAGCCUUCCGCGCGAGAACUCGCGAGAGCGUUCCACCCGCGCCCAGGGCCGCCCGCAAAAAAGCGAUGCGCGUCGCGAUCCUCGGCAGCCGCGACAACCUCUGCGUCCAUGCAAUCGGCCAGAAACUCCGCGGCGCAGCGCUGAACCUCGCGUGCAAGAAGAAACUGAGGGGCGAGGGCUGCCGAUUUUACAACGGCUCCGUUCGCGACAAAGACGGCGUCGCUCAGGUGCUCCAGACCCUGGGGCCGAUGGACAUCGAGGACCUCAAGGCCUGCGCAACAGGCUGCGGACCUCCCGGCGUCGAGAAAGUCCAGUUCUGUCCCUUCUAUACGAUGCGCGACUACCAGGAGAAGAGCGACCUCGUCUUGCUUCCUUACAACUACUUGCUCGAUCCCUCCGCGCAGCUUCUCAAGCCAGGAUCUCUGGCGAACUCCAUAGUCAUUAUCGACGAGGCGCAUAACGUCGAACAGGUCGCGGAGGACGCCUCUUCGUUCGAGUUGCGGCAGAUGGAUAUUGGUCGCUGCAUCAACGCGCUCGCCGCGCUCGCUGAGAUCCUGAGCAAUCGUUCUUCGCCGCCGUCUGUGAGCGUGGCGCAGUUGCUUUCGCUCCAGCAGUCUCUCGGGCGUCUCGACGAGUGGAUCACCUCGUUCGAGCUCAGCCCACCGACCGAGAAUCUGCGCCAUCCGCACGCGCUGCUCAGCCUCGAGCAAGUAGCUAAGGCAUUCACUGCAUGCAGCGACUUCUCCGCGACGGCCGGCGCGCUUUCCUCGCUCCGGCCCGACGACGCAGCGCCUCUCUUUUCGCCUCAAGGCAAAGCGCGGUUGGACAGCCUGCUGGCUGCCUGCAUGCAGAUGCUUCAAGACGAGAUCGCGGAGAACGAGAAUAGCGUUGAGCGCCACGUGAACAGCCUCGACAAUCUCCGGCGCAUCUUCAACAUUCUCUACGCAGAGCUCACGUGGCAGAAUGCUUCGAGCUACCGCGUGUAUCUACACGACGAAGGCGAAGACGCAGUUCGGCGCCAGCAGCAGUCCGAGCGCGAAAAGGAAGACGAGCAAAGCUCCGGCGGAGGCUGGAGCAAAAAAAAGAAAAACGAGCACAGCGGAAAAACCAACACAGAGAGCGACGCCACACUCGCAGUCAAACCACGAUGCCUCGCUUUUUGGUCCAUGUCGCCGGCCCCAGCGUUCGCCUCGCUGCUGCUCCAGGGAGCUCGAUCCAUCAUCUGCACGUCCGGAACGCUCGCGCCUUUGCUUCCGCUGGCGCAGCGGCUGACGGCGAGCGCGACUCGGAGGCGGAGCAAAGCGACGCGAAAAAAACGCGUCUGGAACGACUACCGCAACUACCGCAGCAUGACCUUCUACCAGAGGCAGCUCGAAAAUAAAGAAAAAGAUGACAAAGGAGCCGAAGCGGAGCCGGACCUCUUCUCGCCGCGUGCAACGCGCCGAGAGGAGCUCGACGCGGAGCAAAACGAAACGCUGAUCUCGACUUUCCAGAACCGCAACAGACCGGAGUAUCUGCGGGCUUUAGGUUUUUCGCUGCUGCGUGUCUGUACUCUGGUCUCCGGCGGCGUUUUGUGCUUCUUCGCCUCCUACGCGCAAAUGCAUAUGUGUGUCAACGAGUGGAAGAAAGCCUCGCUCUCCGCGUCCUCCGCGCCACCCUCAACCGACGCCGCGUCUGGCGCCGCCGUUCCAGCGGAGGGCUCGCGCUUCGCGUCCUUCUUCGGCUUUCGGGCCUCGCGCUCGGGCGCGGCGGCGACCGCGCCCGCUGUGUCCGCGACGCUGUUUGACGCUCUGCAGGCCGUGAAGGACGUCUUCGUGGAGCCUGCGAACUCGCGCGACAUGGCGGAGCUGCUCACGUCCUUUCAGGCGUCGGUCCAGGGGGCGAACAGGCCAGCCGCGGCGGAGACCCGCGCGCGAGAGGGCGGAGGCGACCGGCGACGGCAGCGCGAGGGUAGCCACGCACAGACGCGAACAGGCGCCGUGCUGCUCGCCGUCUGCAAAGGAAAAGCGGCGGAAGGAAUUGACUUCUCAGACCACUUCUGUCGCGCCGUCGUCAUCUGCGGGCUGCCUCUCGCGUCCUACUUUGAGCCGCGCGUGCAGCUGAAGCGCAUGUGGCUCGACGAUUGCAUGCGGGCGCAGCUUGCGCUGGAAACCAAAAGUCCAGGUAUGGCACACCGCGCCGAGACUCAAACGUCCGGGGCUGCGGCUCUCAUCAGCGGGCGGCAGUGGUACGACCAGGAGGCGCGCCGGGCGGUCAAUCAGGCCGUAGGGCGCGUCGUCCGGCAUGCGCAAGACUUCGGCCUGGCCGUCUUCCUCGACAGACGCUUCGCCACUCUGGACUUGCAGAAGGAUCUGCCGGCGUGGGUCCGGCGCUCACUGGCGCUUCCGCCGCCUUCUGCGUCUCCCUUUGCCUUCCUCGCUUCCCGCGUGCGUUCGUUCUUCGCCGCGCUGCCUGCGUCGCUCCUUCAGUAUGCACUCGGCAAGAUGCAGCGGGCGACGGACUCUGCGCCGCUCUCGCACUUUCUCGCAGAGGACGAGCGCGACCAGGCGGCGAAAGCCAACGACCCCCCGGGCGGCUUCUUCAGGCCGGACGGCGGCCCAGCGCCUGCAGAAGGCGCGGACAAGGCGCUCGCGGCGAGCGAGCUGGGCGGCGCGCACGCGUUCGCCGCCACGCCGAAGCCCACGAGCGUCAGCGCGGCGGACGCUGCGCUGCGCUGCUCUCCCGGGGUCGACGCGAAGCGCCAGGAGCCCCCGCCGAGUGUGUCGGCCGAGGUCGCUGCGGAGAGGCGACGCAAGCGGGAGAUGGCGCUGCUCGCGACGGGGCGGAAGCCGUUCCGCGCGGACGCGGAGAAGAAAAAGGAGAAGAAACGCGAGCCCGCGCGCGUGCUGUCGCUCGCCGAGCUCGAAGAGCAAUCGAUGCGCCUUCUCGGGGGGGGCGGCAGAGACCGCGAAAACGCGGGCGGCGCAGGCGACAGAGCUGCCUCGAAAUCAGGCUCCAGCUGGACGCUCGGCGGCGGCCUCGGCGCCAAGCCCAACGCUUCCGCCAGCAGCGCCCGGGCCUCCUUGGCGGGCGACCGAGACGACCAGAACGGCGUUGCGGCCGCGCCCGGUGUCCCGCAGGAGACGCCGUGCGGAGACGCUGCGACGACCAAGGCUGAGGCGCCUCGGCCGGCUGCGGCGGCGGGCGAGAAGAUAAAGGACGCUGGGAAGAAAGCCGCGGCUGACCUGAUUCUCCAGGUGCGCCGGCUCAUGGAGCGGGACGCGGGAGAGGCGAAACCCGCGUCGACCGCCGCGGACGCGCCCAACAGCUUCUUCACCUUCUGCAUCUGCAUGCGGCAGCUCGGCAGUCUCCGAGGCAAGGCGCCCGCGGAAGCCGUAAAAGGCUACAGGGAGAUCGUGGAGCGACUCUGGGAUCUCCUUCUCCCUCUGCCUGUGGAGAUGCCUCUUGCAGCUUUCGCUCCGGCCGGUAUCGCGGCUAGCAACGCGCGGGCAGCGGCGGAGGCAGGGAGUUCCGCUUCGUCCUCUCGGCGAGAUUCUUCGGCUCUGCGGGAGAAGAAGGAAAUUCUCUUGAAAAUCAUCACGAGUUUUGUGCCGGCUGCGCACCAACGCGACUUGCUUGUGGCGGUUGACUAUCGCUUCAGACGCGUAGUGCGCAGCGCGCGGGCGUCUGCAGCGCAGUCACUUGGCGCACAGCAGAGUGCGGAGGCCGAGGCGCGGGUUAUAGCCUCAGAGAGAGUCUCUGAAGAGACAGGCGCAGGGGCAGUCGUGCGCCGUUGCACGGGGGAGAAUGGCCUCACAGACGUGGGCGAACGUCGAGAGAUUACGACGACGAGAGGAUUUGAACCUUCCUCCGACGAGAGCCCGGACGCGCUUGUCACGGUAUGUGAGGAAUCUGAAGAUGAACGCGACGAGGAAGACGAGCCCGCGCCGCGGCCGGCGAAGAGAAGCCGCGUCGCGGGCGAGGCGCCUGAGUCCGGCGAGGCGAAACCGACGCACGAGAGGGGGGGAAGCGACUCACAAGAGGCGAAAGAGAAGAUGAAAGGAAGAGUCGGCUUGUGCCUUAUCUGCAGCGACGACUUGCCGCUUCACCGGUCUCUCAACUGCGGUCACGAGUUCUGUCUGGCCUGCUGGACUGCUCAGUUGCAGCGGCGGUUGGAGUGCCCGGUGUGUCGGGCGCGGACUCGCGAGAAGCACCUCGUUCCCGCGUGA